GCUACCCUGUACUGUUACUACCAACUACACCUUUCUGCCAGCUCCGUGGCACGUCUCAGCCACUACUAACAACCUUUCACUAGGUAAAGAUUCGCUUUGCAAAAGGCAUCCGGAAUAAAAAACCGCCUUCCACCUCAUCUGGACAGCAGGGGAGGGGCGGGUUGAGCUGGAAACGCAGCGCUCGGCCCAGCUCCCGGCACCGGACCGGGUCGGGUCGGAGACGAGCGAGGAGGCGCGGGCCGAGCCGGGCCGUGCGGAGGCUGAGACUGAGGCGGGCACCUCCCCCGCGGGAGUGGCCAGCCCUGCUGCUGCCCCGCGGUCCCCAGCAGCGCCCAGCCCCGCCGCCUGCCACACUGCAGCGCGGCGCGGCCCCCUCCCCGGGCGCCGUAGCGUGGCCCCCGCUCACCUUCGCCUUCCGCCGCCGGGGAGCCGGGCCGGUGCGGCGGGGCCCAGCUCCAGGCGGAGUGCGGGACUGUGGCGCCGCCCGCCGGGCACAUGCCGGAGGAGCCGCGCCGGGGCACGCCUGGGCCCCACGCUCCCGGCCCCGCCGGACACGGAAUUGGCUUGUCACUGGCUCUGCUCUCUCCUCCUUGGACACAGCAGGAGGCCCAGCACCAGCCCACUGAAGGCAGAAGGCGGCGUGGCAUCAACACACUAGGGAGGCAGAAGGUCUGGCCCAGAAUGGUUCCCCCACCCCCUAUCAACAAGCCCCAUGUCUGCCUUUCCACUGUACUCAUCAUGAGCAGCAUGGUGCUGAUGGAUGCCUACCUGGUAGAACAGAACCAGGGCUCCAGGAAGCUGGGAAUCUGCAUCAUGGUGUCUGUGGGUGAUGUCUGCUUCCUGCUGGUGCUCCGGUACGUGGCUGUCUGGGUUGGAGCAGAGGUGAAGACAGCCAAGCGAGGCUACGCCAUGAUCCUAUGGUUUUUGUACAUUUUUGUGUUGGAGAUCAAGGUCUACUUCGUCUAUCAAAACUACAAGGCUGACCGCAAGAGCAUGGACCUCAUGGCCCGUAAGGCCCUGACCCUAUUGUUGUCCAUCUGCAUCCCAGCCCUCUACAUGCUGCUGGUGGCCACAGAGCACAUGGAGUAUGUCAGGACGUUCAAAAAGAAGGAGGAUCUCCGCAACCGCCUCUUCUGGGUCAUUGUCGACAUGCUGGAUGUGCUGGAUAUCCAGGCCAACCUGUGGGAGCCCCAGAAGAAAGGGCUGCCACUUUGGGCUGAGGGCCUGAUGUUCUUCUACUGCUAUAUUUUGCUCCUGAUUCUCCCGUGUGUGUCCUUGUGUGAGAUCAGCAUGCAAGGGAUCAGCAUCGUGCCACACAGGAUGAUGCUGUACCCCAUGCUGAGCAUGCUCACCAUCAACAUUGCCACCAUUUUCAUCAGGGGAAGUAACAUGGUCUUCUUCAGAGAUGCCCGGGUUUCUGGUAUCUUCAUGGGCAAGAACAUACUGGCCAUUGUACUUAAAGUCUGCAUGUUUGUGCAGUACAGGAGGCAGUUGCAACACCAACCAGCAGGACUCAGCACCGAGCCCCAGCACAACUCCAUGCCCCAGCCCCAGCCAGUUCUGCCUCUGUUGAAGUCCCAGAGCCAGACUCGCUGUCCCAAGGUGCUGGCCCAGGAGAACACGUGACCUGCAGCAGGGGCUGCAGACUGGGCACAGAGCAGCACUUCUGUGUGCGAUUAUUAGGGUCCAGCACAAAGCAUGAGGGUGUAGCUGAGUCCUGUACCCUCUGGUGAAGGAAGUCUGUGAGUAACCCCUCCCUCCCUUGCACAGACAAACCAACCACCCACAUUCUAGGGACAUCCUAGCACAGGGCUGGGGACAGGUCACUUUUCUGGUGGCACAGAGUAAAACGGGACUUUGGGGCCAGAGCAGAAGCAAGGCAGAUACCAGGGCCAGUAGAGCUGUGAGGACCAGGCUGUGCAAGAUGGUGAGGUCCCUCCCUGCUUUCUCCUUUGCUUUCGUUCCUCUGUUUGGAGCAGAUCUGCUGAGCUGCUGUGGCCAGUGUGGCUUUAUGGCACGCUACUGGUCUGAUGGGAGCAUCCCUGGGGCCUCAGUCUGCCCUUGUUGCCCUGUGCAGCCAUGCUGUCCAGUCAGAGUUGGAGUUUGGAAAGAAUUGGUGGGGGAGAAAGCUGGGGUGGAGAUUUUAGCGUCUUACUUCCCAUUUGCAAGGUGCUCGGAGACCCAGUGGAACUCAGUGGGUCAUAGUCUUUUUUUCAUAAGCAUCUUCUUGUUUCCAAUAAAAGAAAGCACUCGCCCUGCAGCUUCCUGGUGUGUCUGUGUAGCUGCCACCUACGUGCUUGGGACUCCCUUUUUUGCUGAUGAGUUGGGAGGCGCUGUGUCCAUAAGAGUGAGAAGCGUUUGGGUGUGAUGGAGGCACAGGGGAGAUGUGCUGUGUAGAGGGAAAGAUUGAGGUGCUGUGAACACUGGAUCAUUCAGAUUGCUUGUCUGAAUCUGACUCUUACAUCUUUCAUGAAGUCUUACAUGCCAGUUGGCUUGGAAACAGGCAGAUGGAUUAAGAGUUUAGCCUAGAGUUUGCAGAGCACAUGUGAGGUCAAUGGAUUAAUGAAUCUCCAAGAUGGAGGGAUCCAAAAUAACCUGCUCUUAAAGCCUUGGUUUCGCACAACUGUUUUGUAUGACUUGUUGGGCCAGGCACCCCAUCAAGGUCUUGGUCCAGCUCUUAAAGCAGGCCCUGAACCAAAUUAGCACAAAAUGCUUAAGUGUAAUUUUUGGUUCUGCAUCCUGGCAUGAGAAGGCCAUGGCCUCUCCAGGCUUCUCCCUCCUGUCCUCGGUUCUCUCCUGUGGUACAAUCACAGUUUGCCUUGCUUCUUACCAAAUUCUUCUUUUCCAGGUGCCUAGCACAGUCACAAAGCCAUGCUGCUGUUCACACAGCCCAGCAGGAGCCCCUCCAGGCCUGUGCCUGAGCAAUUACUGAGAUGCACUUGCUGCUGGCUGUAGCAAUCACCCAGGCUCCAGCCAGUCACCAUUAGCUGAUGGCAAAUGUGCUAGAGAGGCUAGACUGUGUGGUGGAGGCUCCCAGCUCUCUUGUGGGCAGAGUAAAGGCUGCAGUUUAUGAAGCUGCACCUUAUCUCAUCUCCCUGGCUUUCGGAUGAUGGGGGAUGUCUCCACCCCAUGGAGAGGUCUACUAUAGCCAGAUGGUCAAGGGACAGCUCUCCCUCAUCCUAGUAGAGAAAGGUGCUGGUUCCCACUGCCUGGAUUUCUGCCUUGCAUCUGACACAUGCCAAACCAAAUCCCUUCUUCCCUUUGCCUGCUGCCUCCUGCCAGUCCCUUGCUUGCUACCUGCCAGGGCUUCUGGGAGCACACUGCAACAGGAACUGGUCCCUGUGAACACACCCAGCUUUUUUGCUGGCUCUGUUCCUAUAGCUGGGCAGUAGAGCUGCCUGCAUGAGCCAGCUGACAGGGAAGUGGAUUUAUGCAGCAUUCUUCCGUGCAUGGACAAGGUUAAUACACAAAAGUAAAUCACUGCAGACACUUGAAGCUCCCUAGUUUCUUUACCAAGUGCCACAGCAGUCCCACUGCAUUGCCCACCAUGCACAGCAGAGCCCCUGGCACCUGCCUGCUCCACUGCCCCUGAGGUAGUGCCCUCUCCCAAAAAAGCCCUCUCUCUCUCUCACCCUUAGCAAAGGGGCCAUGAGUCCCACUGCUCCCUGAUGCAGCAGCUGGUGGGGUAUGAAGACACUGGAACCAAGACAUCCCCUGCCCCUGCUCCCUGCCUAGCCACAGGCAGUGAAUGAAAAACCCUUGGGUGACACGGUUGUAAAAUCACCUGAUUUGCAGCAGACCUCCAGCUUGUGCUCAGGCACGUGAGCUGGCCCCUGGGCAUGGCAGCACUGUAGAGGGAUAAAGAAAAACCUGAUGGGAAGCAGCAAUGCCCAAAUCCCUGCUGUCACCACUGCAGCUCAUCUCUGCACUCUUGAGCAGAGAGGCAAGCCCUGCCUGGUCCUCAAGGCCUUGUGUGUGGAGGAUGGAUAUCUCAGUGGGAGGGAACAGGCAUGCACAAAUGGAACUGGUCAGGACUGAAGGACGCAAGGCAGGGGACAGGGGUUUUUAGGAUCUCCCUGAGGAGCUGUGGAGUAGAGCCAUGACUAGCCUGCAUGGGGAUUGAUCAGCUGCUUGACAAUAACCAGCCUGAGCUGGCUGUGAUAAGUGAGGGGCAGUUUGCACUAGUGCCACAGGUGGUGGGUGUGAGCCAGGGUUGCACACCAGCCCAGGAGGAACAGCAAGUUGUCCAAGCUCAUCUCUUGGUCAUUGACUGUGGGUAUAAAACAAGCUGCUUCUCCUUCCUGGGGCUCUGUUGUGACUCACCACCUUCCCCGGCUCACUCACCAAGGAGACCUCUUUUUCUUCCAGGCUUGUUCCUGGUCUCUUACCAGAGGAAUUCAUCCAUUGCCUCUACUUUGAAAAGUGGGCAAGGUCCAGCACCAGAACUGCGGAAUGGUUUGGGAGUGGGGAUACCACUUAUAUUUCCAGCAUGGUUGCAUGGGUGGCUCUGGUACAAACCACACUGAGGGAAAUCCAGGUCACCAGAGCUAUGGCCAUCUGGCUUUAUUUUUUGGUCACAAACUGAAGGAGCUAAAGGAGCUAGUUGUGUUCAGCUUGUGGAAAAGGCACUUAAGAGAGAACAUGAUAACAGCCUUCAAAUACCUGGAGAACGUGGGUUGCGGUUGCAGCUAAGUAAAUUUAGAUUUGAUAUCCGGAAAAACUUCUUCACUGUGAGAAUAGUCAGGCAGUGGAAUAGACAACUAGGGAAGUUGUGGACUCUCCACCACUAGAGGUGUUCAAGGGGUUGGACAGCCACUGGUUGGGGAUGAUCUAAGCAUAGCCUAUUUUCUACUAUGGGUAUUUCCUAUGAUUUGGGCUUUGUUGGUUGUUCCUGCCUGCCCCACAACACCCUCCCCACCUUUUUUCUGCUACAUGUGUAAAGGUGUCUUUAAGUCUCCCCAGAAGCAUUGGGUGCUGGCUACAGCUAAGGCUGAGAACUUCAACUGAGGUGUGCCAAUGCUUCUGCUAGGAGCAAAGCUGGAGAUUCCUGGCUAGAGGGUCUUACCCCUCUGCUCAGGAUUAGACUGCCAUGUUUGGGGUCAGGAAGGAAUUGUACCCCAUGGUCAGAUUGGUAUGGGCUGUGGGGCUUUUUUUGCCUUCCUUUGUAGUUUGGGGGCAUGGCCCUCACCCCAGGAUCUCCUGAGCAUAUACUGAAAACAUUUUAUAGAAGCAGGACAUCAGCUGUUGUGAUUUCCCUGCUUUACCUGUGGCAGGUGAGGGUGUUAGGUCUAUGUUGUGUGAGGUUUGAUGGUAGACUUGCAUAGAGUUUAGAUUUUGGUUGUAGGGAUGGUUUGGAUGGGGAUGAUCCUGCCUCAGGCAGGGGGUUGGAUUAGAUGACCUCUGGUGGUCCUUUCCAGCCCUACUUCUCUAUGACAUUUAUGACUAUGAACAUGGGCAAUGCAUACGGGGUGCAAAAAACCGCCACUGACACUGGUGGUGGCGCCUGUAGGCGGUUGCCACUUGCCACCCCACCACCGGUGGCACGUGCGGGUGGUCCACAAUUGCCGCUGCCAGUAGUGCCUACGGGUGGUCGACAACCCCUGGUCGGCGUUUGCUACCCCUCACCGGCUACCGACACUGCCAAUGGAGUCUGCAGGAGCUCCCAGCUUACCACCGCCUGGCUCCUGCCACCACCAGCGCAGCCAUGCCCCCCCAACCGCUGGGGGCAUGCGCCAUUCAUGACCAUGAAGAAAGAGGCUGAGGCCCAGUGCAGUGGCAACAUACUGCACAGGAAGAGAGCAGCCAUGGUAGGGGGUGGGGCAGAACUAAGUUUGUCCUUUAAACAUUAAUCUCCCAACCUUCCGUACACUGUUAUUUAGUUCUAGCUUUGCCAUGUCCAACUUUCAAUGCUUUGAUCAUUAAUGAAACAUUUCAAUAAUGUUUUAGUUAAUAUCUGUAUAUACCCCUUCCUAGCUAUUAAAUGGCAGCUCCACUCCCAAAACAGACUGCCCCUUCUUACUGAUCAGCUGGCCAUAUAAAUUCACAGCCAAGUUUAUUCACUAUACAGCAAAUCCAGAAAAACUUUACCUUUCUCCCCACAUCCAUUGGGCCUGGUUUCAGAUACGUAGGUACUAAGGACUAUUUUUUGGCUUAAGUGUCACACACAGAUUUCAUAGAUUUUUAGGGUCGGAAGGGACCUCCAGCAGAUCAUCGAAUCUGACCCGCUGCCCUGGGCAGGAAAGAGUGCUGGGGUCAGAUGACCCCAGCCAGGUGCUUGUUCAGUCUCCUUUUAAAGACCUCCAAGGUAGGGAAAAGCACCACCUCCUUUGGAAGCCCAUUCCAGAUCCUGGUCACCCUGAUCAAAAUGCAUUUUCAAGGAAUACCACAAACACUAACUAUACUCUGAAGGAGGGUUCCCUUCUCCAUUUGGACAACUUGGCAGAGACUGGCUGAAAUUUAACAGAGUUCAGCUCAGAUCAAGGCAUAUUUAACUCCCAUCCAGAUCACUGGACUAUUUCCUUUUAGACAGCAUGUGAAGAGUGGAGAACAAGAGUUUCAGUGGUUUUCAAGGGUCAGUGGUUUUUAUAUAGCUAAAGAUGAACUAGGUGGCAUUUAAGGGCUUGCUCCUUUAAUAUUUAUUUCAAUGGCAAAAUUUAACUCUAAAUCCUCUGAUGAGAGAGGUUGGAUUCUUAGGGAUGAGAAAAUCUCAAAUGUUCCCACAGACAAGGUUCAAACAAAACCUUGGAUCUAAACAAAUUUGAGGCCUCUGAAGAUCUGGGGUUGGAACUGUGCCAUGAAGCUUCAGCUCUUCUCUGUGUGUAACAUAAUUUGAGCAGAGCAGGAGGUUACAGAGCAAUUGGUGCAUCUUUAUACUGGUAACAGCUAAUCGCCAAUAGUCAGGUAAAUACAGUGAUUUAGUUGUCUCUGCUGAAGAUAAAACUCCCAAAAACUUCAGUGGGGAAUGAACCUCAUCUUUAUAAAGGGAAACAUUUUGCCAGCUGUUUCAUUUGAUCGCAUUUAUUACACAUUUUAAUGAUAUGGAUUGGCCAGGUGUCAUUUUCAGGGUGGGUAGUAAAAAAAAAAAAAUCUCUUCCUUAUAAAAUUAGCAGGUUUGAUCUAGGGAGAAGUUAAGAUACAACCAUGAAACUUACUUUGUGACAUCCACAGAAAUCAGAAGUUGGGUUGGAAGGGACCUCCAGAGGUCACCUAAUCCAGCCCCCUAUCUGAGGAUCAUGCCUAUCCAAACCAUCCCAUACAAAUCCAUAAUCUAACCUCUUAGUAAAACUACCAUCAGUCCUGACACAGCACAAGACAUAACACUCUAAGCUGCCACAGGUAAAGCAGGGGGACUACAGUGGUUGAUAUGGUCAAGAUUGUUACUGGGUGCAUGUACACAUUCAUUAAUGCGCCGUAAUUACAGUCCAUUAAAGUUUAGUACCUGUAAUCACAGGUACUAACAAUGCACUGUAAUCAGCGCUACUGUGCAUUAGUGUAACUGAAUGCUUUUUGUGUGAUGCUUAAUGCCCAUUGGACUAAUCUACUGCACAUUAGCAUUUUGCCAGCCAUGCUAAUGUGCAGUAGAAUUAGUCCAAAGGUAAUUAAUCAUCUCAUGACAACGUGCCUAACAUACCCUCAAGAGAUCCCAGAUUCCUUGCAACAGAGGAAGGCAAAAACCGCCACAGUCCAUACCAGUCUGAUCAUGAGGUAAAAUUCCUUCCUGACCCGAAAUAUGGUGAUCAUCCUCACCCUGAGAAGAUGAGCAAGGUGCUUUAACCAGGAGCCUCCAGUUUUAAGUCCCAGUAUUUAAAAAGAGCAGCAUGGCACAUUUUUCAGGCCUAGAAUUUUGCUAUAAGUAACCCCUGCUCUGUUCAGAUAUCACAGAAUUACAGAACAGUAGGGCUGAAAGCACCCUCAGGUCACAUCUAGUCCCACUUUGUGCUCAAGGCAGGUUUGUCCCUGACUAAACCAUACCAGUCCAGGGUUUGUCUCAUCUGCUCUUACACACCUCCAGGGAUGGAGAUUCUACAACUUUUGUGGGAAGCUUGUCCCAAUCCUGAACCACCUUCACCAUGCUGCACAUUAUUAUAUUCAGCUUUCAAAUGGUGGACUAUACUGUUAUUUGCAACAACUACAGACAUGUCUUUCAUGUAACACAAAAUAACAUCCAAGGUAACCUGAAUAGUGUGGUAAGCCCUUGAAGCAGAGCACUCAUUUUUAUUAGGGCUGUGCUAGUAACUGAGCAUUCACUUUGGCAGCUGAACUGAAAAAAAACAGGGGGCAAGGGAAGGGUGGGGGGGAAGUGAAAGUACAGACUAAGCCAAAUUUGAAACAUUUUGGUUUGGUUGCCAAAAUGAAAACUGAACACUGUCAGCUGUGUCCAAUGGAACAUUCCAGGACACCUGAAACCAAGUGCUUCAUUUUCAUGUCAUUGCAAGAGGCAUAAAGGAAAUGAAAGGGCUCAAUUAGAAAAAUCAAUGAUGGUGUCAGUAGCCCAGGAGCUGGCGAUUGGAUUCAGCUCCCUCCUCUACCGGAGGGGAUUUGCCUCUGCAUCUCCUGUCUGUCAAAAGACUGCUUGCACCACUAGGCAAAGGGGCACUGUGAGAUGGCCCAGUCAUUAGCAUCCAGCUGGAGUUUGUAAUACCAUCUGGUGCAGAACUAGGUAAACUACAUUUGGAGUAAAGAAGAGGAAGGCAGUGAUAUGAUAGCAGGUUAAAAGCUGCCAUGGGGAAACACUGUGCCUCUUGCCUAGGACUCUGACCCCCCAGGGCAGCACACUAGUCAUCAAUGGGGCACAGGGGGCUCUCAACAUCUUAUUGAAGCUAUUCUACUUCGUAUAAUACUCAGAUCAUGGCUCUAGAGCCCUAAGUGGCUUCUCAGCUCUUUGCUUGCAACUCCUCAGGGGAAAUGUUAUUGGAGGUUUUCUUUUUUUGGCAGCAUGCACUGGGUAGGGGUUUCCUUUGCAGUCACAAAUAAACAAACACACACAGCUUGUGCUGUGCAAGUACUAGCUAAUGUACUAUACUAUUUUCUUUCAAAUUGGAGUGUUUGCCACAAAUGUCCUGAAGGGCUGGGAAAGGAGGAAGUAUAUGUGUUUCUGUGACACUGCUUCCUUCCUUGCUCAUGUCCUCGUGGGCCAAGGUAUUCAGCAGAAUUUGUAGAUUUGUUGGAAUCUGACAGAAGAUGGCGAGGCCUCCAACUCUUUUCCUGUCUCUAACAGAGUACAAGGCUGUGCUCUAGGUCCUGUUUUGUUAAGUCCCUCAUUUGUUCCUAUGCUGAUUUAGGUCUUCAGGAAGCUGGAUAAAGUAUAUGUAUUUUUUUUAAUGAAUGGUAAAUUGUACCUCCCUGCCAAAACUGGAAACCUCUGAACUGAUUUCAUAGAUUUCAUAGACAUUAGGGCUGAAGGGGACCUCAGAAGAUCAUCAAGUCCAGCCCCCUGCCCCAGCUAGGGUCCAAGGAUCCCACCAAGAUAAACGUCCAAUUGAAUCUUAAAGGAAUCCAAAGUAGGUGCUUGCACCACCUCUGGCGGCAGCCGGUUUCAGGUCUUGGGGGCUCGAACUGUAAAGAAGUUCUUCCUUAUGUCCAGCCUGAAACAGUCUUGCAGGAGUUUGUGACCGUUUGACCUUGUCAUCCCAUGGGGUGCUCUGGUGAACAGAUGUUCCCCCAGAUCCUGAUGUACACCCCUUAUAUACUUAUAGGUGGCCACCAGGUCCCCCCUGAGCCUGCGCUUUUCCAGGCUGAAGAGUCCCAUGGCUCUCAGCCGCUAUUCAUAAGGCCUGUUUUCCUGCCCUCUGAUCAUGUGUGUGGGCUCUCCUCUGGACUCUCUCAAGCUUCUCCACAUCCUUUUUAAAUUGUGGAGCCCAGAAUUGGAUGCAGUACUCCAGCUGCGGCCUCACCAAGGCCGACUACAGUGGGAGGAUGACAUCCUAGGAUUUGCUAGAGAAGCAUCUAUGGAUGCGAGCCAGAGUUUUGCUCGCUUUGCCGGUUGCAACAUCACAUUGGUGGCUCAUAUUCAUCUUGUGGUCAGUCGUGACCACCCAAGUCCCUUUCGGCCGUGGUGCUAGUAAGCAUAGCACUGCAGAGCCUAUAAGCAUGCUGUGUGUUUUUCUUCCCAAGGUGGAGUACCUUGCAUUUUUUGGAGUUGAAGGCCAUCAAGUUUUCAUCUGCCCAUUUUCCAAGCUUGUCAAGGUCCGCCUGGAUCACCAUCCUGUCUUCAGGUGUGGAUGCUGAUUCAGGAGCACUUGUUCACUGACAAUUGUGCUGGUUUUGGCCGCAUAGAGGAAGAUCUCCAAGUCAUUGUGGGGCUUGUUAGACUUCUGAGCUUACUAUUAUUCUCAAGAAGGUGAAAGUUACAUAUUAGCCUGCUCCUUGCAAACCCUGAGUGAUAUAGCAUUACUACUGGUGAGCACUCAAUUCAUCUACUGAAGUAAGCUCUUUAGACAGUGAAAUAAACCAGACUGUUCAAAGUCAACUCUGCUUUCGGAAGGCUUCCAGUGAAAUUUGGGGGGAGAGAGAGGCAUUAAAAAUUGUCAACAGAAGUUAAGAUCUAUAGGCCAAGUUAAGAUCUAUAGGCCUAUAGCAGUGAUGAUAUAACUUAUCAUCACUACUUUAUGUAUAUGAGGGCUUGACUAUUUGCAGUCAUCCCACUGAAAAACUUAAGUCACUUCAAUCUAAGUUGCCUCAAAAAGCCAAUGCAAAAGUUACCAGUGGCAGAAGUUACCACGUGCCAAAAUCUUAAAAAGGAGGAAUUAUGCUAGACAGAGCCAAUGACAGCAAAGCUGCUGUUAAGGUGGGCUGGCCACAUAGUCCAAAGGCCCAGUCCACCCAAGAAAGCAGUCUAUGGUGGAACAUUUACCAUGUUUCAUUCUCCCAGUGGUCAGCUUAAAAGGCACAGAGAUCUAACCAAAAAAAAAAAAAGUAGAAGUUCCACUGACACACUGGAGCAUGAUGUGAGCAACAAAAAUAAUGGGAAAUGCUGAUUUACAAGUCUAAUUAUUCUUGAAACAAUUCAGAUGUAGCUAGUGGAAGUCAGCUCAAAAGAAACUGAGGGAAGACCCAAGUUUAGGGAGCCCUCUGACAUUUCUUGCCCUGCAUGUGGAAAGCCAGCUCUCGUGAAACCAGCUAUCCUAUUUUACAACCCUGCAGACCGUUUUUAGCUGUAGCUAAAAACCGUAACUCAGGUGUGUUAAUAUUAACUCAAGUGUAGAAAUGACUGACAGUGAAGUAUUGGAAGCACUGUCAAGGCACUCAGGUAGCUUAGAUUUUGUUUUACAAAUCUGAAUAAAAGAGAUGUACAUUUACUACAAUGACUACAGGAUUAAUGAAAAUGUCUUUUGACUAGUUUUGCAUAGUUUGUCAUGUUUUUAUGAACAAUAUAUAAUCUAGCGAAUUGGUGCAUAUUUCAAUAAAUUUAUAUUUGCUUUUGCUUUCA